AUAGAGGGGCAAUCGUACGGAGAGUAAUGUUACAGCUUUGAGAGCUCAGAGAGGAGACUGCGUAUCGCCACUGCCUCCACAUACAGCCAUUGCAUCACACUGAACCAGUACAAGCCAGCGAUAAAGGAAGAAAGAUGGGUAAAGAUCCAACGAAGCCCAGGGGCAAGAUGUCCUCAUAUGCCUACUUCGUCCAGACCUGCCGAGAGGAACACAAGAAAAAACACCCUGAGGCUUCGGUCAAUUUCGCCGAGUUCUCUAAGAAGUGUUCUGAGAGAUGGAAGACGAUGUCAGCCAAAGAGAAAGGUAAAUUUGAAGAUAUGGCCAAACAAGACAAGGUCCGCUAUGAGCGGGAGAUGAAGAACUACAUCCCACCAAAAGGAGAGAAAAAGAGGAGGUUUAAAGAUCCCAAUGCCCCCAAAAGGCCUCCGUCUGCCUUUUUCAUUUUCUGUUCGGAGUUUCGACCCAAGGUCAAAGCAGAAACUCCUGGCCUGUCAAUUGGCGAUGUUGCUAAGAGGAUGGGAGAGAUGUGGAAUAAAACAUUAGCUGAGGAUAAACAGCCAUAUGAGAAGAAGGCUGCCAAACUGAAGGAGAAGUAUGAGAAGGACAUUGCAGCAUAUCGCCAAGGUAAGGGGGGCAAGAUGGGAGGAGCAGCUGCAAAAGCUUCAGCCAAAGUUGAACAAAAGGAUGAUGAUGACGACGACGACGAUGAUGAUGACGAUGAUGACGAUGACGAUGAUGAAGAGGAUGAUGAGUAGAUCAGUUACAUAUAUAGUUCAUAAUAGAGUUCAGUCUUGUUUAUAAAGCAGUUAACCCCCUGUAAACAUUUCACUUAUGACAAAAAAAGUUUAAAAAAAAGCAACAAAAAAUAAGGCUGUGUAUAUGGUAUGUUUUUAAGCUGUACAGUUUCUUUUUUCCUUUUUGUAUAGUUAACACUACGAAAAAGUGUCAUCUGUGUUUGUAUUUUUCCUCUUUUUUAUUUUCUUAGUGGUAGCUCCCAAGCCACUAUCCUUCCGUGGUACAGUUAAUGGGGAUUGUAAAAUUGGCUUAGUCAGUGGAGUUCCUAAUGGUGCCCAGCACACAUCCUAGUUUCAUUUUGGGUAGCAGUUUUUACCCUAAUGUUUUUGUGUUUUAUUUUUUAUAAUUAAAAUUAUGAAUUAUCAUUAAAUGCUGUAUCAUAAAGUUCUUUUACUGUACUUUGAAUACCACUGUAAUUGCAACAGUAAGAAAAAUUGCAGCUGUGGUUGUUGACAUUGACAUGCUUUGACGUCAAUAAACUUUUUUUUAAUAAGGAAAUAAUGUGUCACUAUUGACAGUUUAUCUCAUUGAUGCAUAGAUAUAUCAUUUAUUAGUGAUUACUAGUAGACAUUAAUACAUUCUGAUUAACAUGAGUCAUACAUACUUGGAAAGAAUAUUAAUAUUACAGGAAAAGAUAUCAAUUGCAUAAACUGUCAGUAAACUGAAGUUUAAAAGUUAGUGUUGCAGUACAAGUGUGCCCUCCAUUCAGUUCCAAGUGGUGGCACUGAUUGUUUUGGUUGUCAAAUACUAUAAAAACACUGUGUGAAAUA